GUGUGUGUUUUUAUUUUUUUUUAAUUGUCGCUCUUCAGGUCGGGUCUGAUUGAAUGACUGUAAUAGAAAGGCAUCUGAUUCUCGGCGCGCGAGCUUUUUAUCCAAUAGGCGGUGCUUAUCCGGAGUGACGUCGGGACAUUUCUUUCUCUUUUUUUUCCUUAAAAAAAAAAGAAAGAAAAGAAAAAAAAAGAGAAACCUUUUAGUCAAGUGAUUUACACAGAGAGAGAAGUUGAUGCCGGGGGUCUUACCGACCGGAACCGACUCUUUCAUUAAUGAUCAUUUUUAUCAUUUCAUUUCCUUCUCGGGAUUUGGUUCUGUCGCACCUCCACAGCCUUAAAUCGCGUGUUUUGUGUUUGCGUUUGCGAGUGUGUGAGAGUGUGUGUGAGUGUGUGUGAGCGCGCGCGUGUGUGUGUGUGUGCAGUGCGUGUUUUUCUUUCUUUCUUUCUUUCCUUUCUCCCCCUUCUCUCGCUGUUGUUGUUGUUUUUGUUGUUUGCUGCUGCUGUUAAUUUCCGUGCCGUGUUUGGAUCAUGAAUAAACUGUACGUGGGGAACCUGAGUCCCUCGGUCACAGUGGAAGACCUGAAGCGGUUGUUCGGCGAGCGCCAGCUGCCCGUCAGCGACCGGACCGUCUUACUCAAGUCCGGUUACGCUUUCGUUGAUUUCCCUGAUCAGAAGUGGGCCAUCAAAGCCAUUGAAACGCUGUCGGGGAAGGCCGAGUUGCACGGAAAGGUGAUCGAGGUUGAUUAUUCCGUUCCCAAAAAAUUAAGGAGUCGUAAGAUUCAGAUCCGGAACAUUCCCCCUCACCUGCAGUGGGAGGUUUUGGACAGCCUGUUAUCGCAGUACGGCUCAGUAGAAAACGUGGAGCAAGUGAAUGCUGACUCAGACACAGCUGUGGUGAAUGUCACAUACGCAUCAAAAGAGGAAGCUAAAGAGGCCAUAGAAAAGUUGACGGGCCACAGUCUGGAGGAUCACUCCUUCAGCGUGUCCUACAUUCUGGACGUGGAGGGCAGCGAGAACGAGAGUGACUCGGGACCCCAGGCUCAGCGUGGGGCGUCCCGAGGAGGCAGAGGGAUGCGCGAGUCUGACUCCGCCCACUCCGGGGCCAUGGGGGGCCUGCAGGGAGCUCACCACACACACCAUGAGCUCCCGCUGAGACUGCUCGUCCCCACGCAAUUUGUGGGAGCCAUCAUUGGCAAAGAAGGACUCACCAUCAAGAACAUCACCAAGCAGAGCCAGUCCAAAGUGGACAUCCACCGUAAGGAGAAUGCCGGGGCUGCGGAGAAGCCCAUCACCAUCCACUCGUCUCCGGAGGGCUGCUCACACGCCUGCAGGAUGAUCCUGGAGGUCAUGGAGAAAGAAGCCACCGACACCAAGACUGCCGAGGAGGUCCCUCUGAAGAUUUUGGCCCAUAACAGUCUUGUAGGGCGGUUGAUCGGUAAAGAAGGAAGGAACCUGAAAAAGAUUGAGCAGGACACUGGGACCAAGAUCACCAUUUCCCCCCUGCAGGAUUUGACCAUAUACAACCCGGAGCGUACCAUCACAGUGAAGGGAGGGGUGGAGGAGUGCUGUAAUGCAGAGGUGGAAAUCAUGAAGAAGCUGAGAGAGGGGUACGAGAACGACGUGGCUGCCCUAAACCUGCAGACGGCACUGAUCCCCGGCCUGAACCUGAACGCUUUGGGGAUUUUCUCUCCUGCGCUGCCUGUCCUGUCUUCAGCCACAGGACCACGUGGAGUCACUUCAGUUCCUUCCACCUACAACCCUCUACUGGGUCAGGCAUCAGCACUGGCUGGUUUGUACGGCUCUCCCCCUGCUCUACCCCUCCAACAGACCGCUCCAGAGCAGGAAGUGGUAUAUCUUUUCAUCCCCACUCAAGCCGUUGGAGCUCUAAUAGGGAAGAAAGGACAGCAUAUCAAGGAGCUGGCGCGGUUUGCCGGAGCGUCUAUCAAAAUCGCUCCAUCAGACAGUCCCGAUGCCCCGGAGAGGAUGGUCAUCAUCACCGGGCCUCCCGAAGCCCAGUUUAAGGCUCAGGGUCGGAUAUACAGAAAGCUAAAGGAGGAGAACUUUUUCACCGCUAAGGAGGAAGUGAAGCUGGAGACGCACAUCAAAGUCCCUGCUGCUGCCGCUGGUCGAGUCAUUGGCAAGGGCGGGAAAACGGUGAACGAGCUGCAGAAUCUCACCAGCGCUGAGGUCAUCGUCCCGAGAGACCAGACGCCGGACGAGAACGACGAGGUGUUUGUGAAAAUCAUCGGGCAUUUUUUUGCUAGUCAGACUGCCCAGAGGAAGAUCAGGGAAAUCAUCCAACAGGUCAAACAGCAACAGCAGAAAAACCAGCAGGGGGCAGCGACACCAUCGCAGCACACCAAGUGACCAGCAGGGGGCGGCCAGCAAGCAGCAGCAGCAGCAGCAGCCUAUGAAUGUAGCUCCUCCGAGCGCAAACCAAAUCGAGCAAAACGGCGCAAGAGAACGAAAAAAACAAGCGGGAGGGAAACACACGAGAAGGACAUGCAACAAGAUUGAAACCAAAGAACCUUAUAAGACCUGAGCGAGCCUCACUCCGAGAGCAAAAACAACCCUGUGAGCGCUCCGAACAUCCGGACGAGCGCGCCUGUAGGUGACUGAAUGUGUGGAGAUGCUGUGUAACGGUACGCUGGGUUGGAUCUGUCCUCUGAGAAGCACACAUUAUUAGCGAAGCGGAAAUCCGGCUGCUUGUCAGACGAUCUUACCAGCAGACAUCGCGCUCCUGUCCAUACAGGAGCGGAAGCGGCAGCCGUAAGCACAUUCAGGCUGAGCGCGAGCACACUGUGUUAAUGUAGCCUGACUAGCAUUUAACAAUGUGGACUGUUGAGCGAGUGACACAUGACUACCUGAGGGAGUGUUGGGUAAAGACGAGUAGGUGUGUAACAGUGUUCAUUGAUUAGAAGACCUUAAUGUGCUUUCUUUCGAGUUGUCUGUAGCCUUAGAUAGUUUUAAUUAAAAACAAAAAAAAAAACAAAAAAAGGGCAGAUUUUCCGACGUAUUUAGCGUGUGGCAAAGCAGUUAGCAUGUCCCGAACACACUCUGAAAUUUCCUUAGCGUAGCUGCUAAUUUAGCACUUUUUAGUGUUGGUUAAUCAGGCCUUAAAUGCGAAUAAAUAGUCCGAAUUUAGUUUAGUUGUUUUAAAGCUUAGCACAAGAUGCUUAGUUUUGGUUUACUAGCCUCCGUGCUAACCCGCUUCUCCCGUCUCGCUUUUCUUUUCAUCCCCGUGUUUCUUUCCCAGUUUCAUCCCAAAGUUCCUCUGCCCAAGAUGAAAGUCUACUGAGCUCUCCAGGCCUACAAAUUAUGAGGGAGGAAAAACAAAAACAGAAGCGUUUAUGAUUAUGUUUGUGAAAGCUCCAGUCAGCCUGAUUUUAUUGCGAAUGCUGUUUUGGGAAAGCCAGAAUGGCCUCACUUUAUCCUAAAUACAUGUUGUGUACUAGAUCCAAUAAAAGCACUUAAAAUAUUUUAGCGUGAAGAAAAGAAAAAAAGUGAACAGCAAAAGUCUGGUGAAGUGCAAGUGCAAUAAGUAGAGGCUGCCUACAAGCUGCAUUCAGGACAAUUAAUCACGUCCUGGACAGGAGCCUGAUAACUAGUGAAUGUAUACAGUGUUUCUACCUGCCUUCUGCAGCACACAGCGUCCUGUCUCUCUCUCUCUCUCUCUGUCUCUCUCUGUCUCUCUCUCUCUGUCUCUCUCUUUCUCUCUGCCUCUCUCUCUCUCUCUCUGUCUCUCUCUCUGUCUGUCUCUCUCUCUCUCUCUCUCUCUCUCUCUGUCUGUCUGUCUCUCUCUCUGUCUGUCUCUCUCGCUCUCUGUCUGUCUCUCUCUCUGUCUCUGUCUCUCUCUCUGUCUGUCUGUCUCGCUCUCUGUCUCUCACUGUCUCUCUGUCUGUCUAUCUCUCUGUCUCUUUGUCUCUCUCUCUCUGCCUGUCUCUCGGUCUGUCUGUCUGUCUUUCUAUCUUUCUUUCUUUUAUUUAAUUUUUUUCAUCUUUUAGUUUUGUAUUUUAAUUUUCUCUUCUCUUAUUGUUAUCUUUUCAUCUUUUAUAUUCCCCCCCCUUCAUUUUAAUGUCAUAGCUUUUUCUUUCUUUCUUAUUCGUCUUCUGUUUCCCCCCUCCUUUCUUUUUCCUUUCUAAAUUGGUUCUUUUCUUCAUUUUGUCAUGUUUAAUCCCUUUCUUUCUUCCGUUCUUCUUUCCGCUUAAUUUUUUUCUUUUAUUUUUGUUGUCUUCAUUUCUUUUCGUUUAGGUAUUUCUAUCAUCCUUCCUGCUCUUUAUUUUUUUUUUUCGGGGGGGGUUCCCUUCUUUUUCUCCUUCAUCUUUCUUUCUUGCUUUCUUUUCUUUCUUCUGUUCCCGUUGUGUCCUGCUUUCAAGGCAUGUGGAUUGUCUUUUGAUCAUUUUUGCCAUUACCUGGCUUGUAAGAAAGUUUGUGCUUGUUCUUGUGUGUCCUGAACCUAAAGAAAGAAGAAUAUAUGAGGUUUUUUUUUUUUUUUUUUUUUUUUUUUUUUUUUUUUUUUUUUUUUUUAAAGAAGUAAACCCUACAAUCAUACAAGGUGAAUGUGGGACGUUUAUGGCCUGUCCGUUUGUUUUUUAAGAUAUGUGACCUUUAAAAUGCUGCCCUUUAAAAUUCAUAACGACGGUUUUAAAAGCCAUCAAAGAUGCUGACUUCUAUGAAAAGAAUUGACAGUGGGGGCGCUUGACAUCGGUAUCACCCUGUUGUCUGAAAUUUCCAGAGCAGUGAUGAAGAGAAGGUGGUGUAUGAGCGGUUAGCGUGAUCUAUUACUACACUGAUGAGGUGCUGAUCAACCUGUUAAACACAAAGCAUAGCAGUUUAUUUAUGGAUACAUUAAAACAAUUUUAAAAAUUAAAAAGCAUGCCGUGCUAAUGCGAUUGUCUGCGCAGGUCGAGAAGCUAACCUUCACGUAAACCAGUAUGAGAAAUAACCUUCUACCUCAAGAACAAGGUACCUCAGACCAAUUACUUUCUACAUAUUUUGUAUAAACCUUGUAAAGCUCAUGAGCGAAUAUUUUUUUUUUUUUUUUUUUUUUGAAUUUUCUAAAUAAAAAGAAGAGCGAUUUUUAAAAAAAUAAAUAAAUAAAAAACCGAGAAUUAGUAAAGAUGGUGUGUGCUGUACCAUCACCGUGCUUUUUCUUGGGAAAGGGGCGUGUGUGCCUCGUAUCAGAAGCUGUACAUUGCUGUACCUUAUUGGACCUUAAAGAGUUCCUUGUUGAGGUUGAUAUAACUAACGCUAGCACAACUGACUACCUGGAGAGAUGAGAUUAACACCGGUCUUGCAUUAGGUUAGAGAUUUUUUUUUUUUUUUCCCCCCCGAAAGUAUUUUGUUUAACAUAGAUUUAACAUUAAAAUAGAAUUCACAUGGCAGAUAUGCGACAUGCUGUAAGUGUCAGUAGGAAGAAACGAUAUGUAGCUGAACAAUUCUGACUGCUUGCUAGGUACAACUUUUUUUAUUUUUAUUUUCUUUGCAGUGUAAUUCUGUAGCGAAGUCUUUCCACUCUGAAGGUUGCAGUAUAAUCAUUAACACAUCUGUUAGCACCCGAAUAGCCGCUAACACCAACCUGUGUGGUUCUAGGAGUUUUUUUUAUUUUUUCUUUUCUUUUCGUUUAAUGCUGUUACAUGCUGUUUGAUUUCCAUCUGUAGUGCAGAGUUGAUCACUAUCUAACCUGGUUGUCGGUUUAUUUACAGUUUUGUUGCUUUUUGACAAACUUUAGCGGAAGUGGACUGCACUACGCUCGUGUUCUUGUGCUUCUGGUGUUGUUUUUCCACGUUUCUCUGUAUCAGGUUCUUCACACCUGUACUGUGAACGGUUUGGCUUUUAGACAUGCCAGACCCGUGAAAGCACUGGAUUAUAACAGUGCCUAUUAACACGAAAUACAUUUUUAGAGCACACAUAAGCUUCUACUAACGUUUCCAUUGAGGUUUUUAUUUUCGUUUGCUUUGUAGCUAAGCCACACAGGCCACCAGCUUGGACAUGAGCAAUAAAGAGACACUUUAAAACAA